CUUCAAUGGGUAUGUGUGUACAGUAUAUGAUAGAAAUGCAAAAAUAAACAUUAACCCGAUUAAAAAUUAUUACCGAUUUUUAAUUUUGUAACUUGAGCUCACAGCGAAAAUAUAAUAAUUAUUAGCUUGACAAACCCAUAUUGUUUCGAAAUGCCCGCCGAGUGCCAAGAGAAUAUUAAACGUCUGAUACCCAGACCCAAGACGCCGGUGGUCAAACCGCCCAUGUACCGUUCCGUGUACACCGACUCGAUCAGGAGGGCGUUCAAGGCGAACAAAGAUUGUCACCGGACGAUGGGGUAUGCCGAAGUGCAGUUGGAUCCACCGACGCGGUUCCUGAAGAAGCACACGAGAAAAGUGGUCAGGCCAUUCGUCGAAAAGACCAAAGUGACACGACCGAAGAGCUCUUUGGAGGAAAUGGCCGAGAAGAAAAUAGCCGAGGGCUGUGAAAAGAUACCCAGGAAACCGUUGCCAGACCCUAACGAAAAUAAGAUCCGGAAAAAUAUCAAACAGAUCAACAUGGUGGACGUUAUUCGAAAAGUACCUCCUCUGACCAAACACCGAGUGCAAGACACUAGAAAUGGCCAUAUAAUCGUUUUAGACGAGGCUGGUCUAGAACCCACGUAUGUUUCAAAAAAGAAUUUCGGCAAGACUCCUGUUUACAUUUUGAAAAUGUACAAAGAAAAAGAGAAGGCCAGAAUAAUGGAAAACGAACGGAUAAAAGCUAUUAAGCCUCCAUUGCGAUACAUACCCGAACAUGAACGCAAUAAAUUAUUAAACGGUCUGAAAAUAAAUUGGGCCGAACUUCAAAAAGAAUUCCAACUGCUGCCUAUGAUAACAGAUACGUUACCGAAGAUGAAAAAAAAAACUAUGUUAGAAAAACAGCUAAAAGAUCUAGAAAAAGACAUUGACCUAUUGGAGAGAAGUCCAGCUCUUUACGUGUGCCGAGAUGCCGACGACGGGGAAAGUGUUGAAUGAGAAACAGAAAAAAAAUAUAAUGAUUCGCUGUUUUGGUAAUUUACGUUUAAAAAAACAAUAUUGUAACUCGAAUUUGAUUAAAAUUGUUACC